CGGCCUCCCUCUGUUCUCACCAGUUUUCAACGUCUCCUCUGCAGCUCUACGUGUACGAUUCCUGCGAGAUCUACAGUGAGUGAACGAAAAUUGUGCGUCGCGCCGCAAUUUUUGUCUUUCGAGUGAGGGGAGGUGCCACCAAGUUGCACGCAUUACCAAACAAGCGUAAGGUCUGAGAAAUGCCGCAAUCCAAUGAGCGCGAACAUGUCACCAUCGGCAUCCUGGCUCUGCAAGGCGCCUUCGCCGAGCACCAGGUGAUGCUCCAGAAGCUCUCCCUCAAGCGCAAGGUCGUCAUCGUCCUCAUCCGCCAACCAGAAGACCUCGACAAGUGCGACGCCAUGAUCAUCCCCGGUGGCGAAUCGACGACAAUCGCGCUGCUCGCCCGCCUGGCAGGCCUGCUCGAGCCGCUGCGCGAGUUCCUGAAGGCGAAGCCUGUAUGGGGCACAUGCGCGGGGGCAAUCCUCCUCGCGCGCGCCGUCGCGGGCGCGAAGCGCGGCGGGCAGGAACUCCUUGGGGGCAUCUCCGUCGCCGUCGAGCGCAACGGCUUCGGCUCGCAGGUUGAGUCCUUCGAGGCGCCGCUCGAGGUCGACGGCCUCCGCGAGUCGAAUCGCGCCUUCCAUGGGAUCUUCAUCCGCGCACCGGUCGUAAUGUCGCUCGACCCGACGCCGACGGACCCGCCCAUCCAAAUCAUCUCGCGCAUCUCCACCUCACUCCUCCCCGAGGGCCAGACUGCCGUACCAGACGACGAGGACGACACCGACCCCCGCGACCCGCGCACAAUCGUCGCCCUCCGCCAGGGCCUACAUCUCCUCACGACCUUCCACCCCGAGCUCACGAAGGACGACCGCUUCCACGAAUAUUUCAUACGGGAGUGCGUGCUCCCUACGCUCUCGCGGGCGUCCUCCCCUGCGGCAUGACGCAUGGACGUUCCGACGUUAUACUAGAAUUGCAUUUCGACUGGCGUUUGACAUUGCUAUAGACAGGGUUCUCUUGUAUACCGCUACCGUGUUGUUUGUAUGUUUCAAAUACGAUGUUCAAAUGUUUAU